AGAAAAUCAGAAGAAAGCCAGCCAGCUUUGGGCACGCGUUGGUGUGAGAUGAGAUCACCAGCACCGGACGGAUUAGAUUACAAAUUCUGGUCCAUUAAAUAACGUCACGAUUAUAUUAACACCGCCAGUCUUUUGAUAUCGUUGGAUCAUGAAACACUGACCACAUGUUGACAAAUCGGACGGACCAGAGGCAGCUUUUGAGGGACUCUUGAUCUGGCUAAGUGGACUGAGUGAUCGGUUAAAGUGAAUCUCAUAUUUGAACCAUCUAAUACAGUGACUUCACCAGAUCAAAGCGUUUCUGCUUUCACCAACGUCUUCAUCAUCUACAGUGAAGGAUGAAUCACCUGUCUUUGAGUGAGCUAUGUUGCCUUUUCUGCUGUCCGCCGUGCCCGAGCAGAAUAGCUUCCAAGCUGGCCUUCCUUCCGCCGGAGCCCACUUACACCCUGAUGUGCGAUGAAAGCGGCAGCCACUGGACCCUCCAUCUUUCCGAACGCGCGGAUUGGCAGUAUUCUGCCCGGGAGAAGGACGCCAUCGAGUGCUUCAUGACCCGGACAUCUAGAGGGAACCGAAUCGCUUGUAUGUUUGUGCGAUGUUCUCCAAAUGCUCGCUACACCUUGUUGUUUUCCCAUGGUAACGCUGUAGACUUGGGUCAGAUGAGUAGCUUCUACAUCGGCCUUGGAUCCCGCAUCAACUGUAACGUGUUCUCCUAUGACUACUCGGGUUACGGGGCAAGCUCAGGGAAGCCUUCGGAGAAGAAUUUGUAUGCUGAUGUGGAUGCUGCAUGGCACGCACUACGAACAAGGUACGGAAUCAGGCCAGAGAAUGUGAUAAUUUAUGGCCAGAGCAUUGGUACGGUCCCUUCGGUGGAUCUGGCCUCUCGAUACGAGAGCGCUGCCGUCAUCCUCCACUCCCCUCUGACCUCAGGCAUGCGGGUGGCUUUUCCUGACACCAAGAAGACUUACUGCUUCGACGCAUUCCCCAACAUUGAUAAAAUCUCUAAAGUCACCUCUCCGGUGCUGGUGAUCCAUGGUACGGAGGACGAGGUGAUUGAUUUUUCCCAUGGACUGGCCCUGUACGAGCGCUGCCAGCGGCCCGUGGAGCCGCUGUGGGUGGAGGGUGCGGGACACAAUGACGUAGAGCUGUAUGGACAGUACCUGGAGCGCUUGAAACAGUUUGUGGCUCACGAACUUGUAAACUUGUAGAUGGACCUCAAGAUCAGGACUCCCCAUACUUGAUGAAGAUGCCCCUGGUGCCCAGCAGGCGACUGUGAACUUGACAAUGGUUUUCUCACCUGUGCUUUUUUUGUUUUGUUAUUUUUGUUGCACUUCUUCCCAGAUAAUAGGAGAUGUGCCUUUACUGCCUUUCUUAGGGGUGUGUUUGUGUAACUGUACUUCUACCGGUGUGAACGGAUGUUUCGGUGACCCGACUCUGUCUCUUGAUACUAUGUACUAAAGAAUAAAGCCCAUUCCAGAAUCCAGGUUUUGUUUUGCUAUAUGCAUGUAAUCAUGUACACAAUGGAGUACUGUACACAUGCAACAUUCUGACACAAAAAAUUAAUUGCCAUACAGGUGAUGCCAAAUAAUAUAUUAAACUCUGAUACGUUACUUUGUAUGUACAUGUUUCUAAAACAUACCUGCAGUGUGUAUAAUCAGUAUGUUUUUUUUUCCCUGUUCUCCAUGUACUCUCACUUGUCUGUAUUUUGCUCUUAAGUGUAUUCUCUGUCCUAGACUUUUAAAAUAAUGCUGGACAAUAUGACAGUAAAUAUGUUUUAACUUUCAAAUAAGCAAAAUAAAUAGACUUUUCAAAUAAAGAGACACGUUUGUGGCUUACAGUAGCCCAAAGCAAACACACACCUGCUCAAACAGCAUUAGUGAUCUACUUUUGCAAAUUUUUCUUUUUUUUUUUUAUGGAAAUAAUCCGUCAGACCUGUUGGUUACACACACACACGCACACUGAACUUAACACUUAAUUCUGUUUGGAGUCAUUGCUUUGACUUAUUUUCAAAUGUAAUUUAUACCAUCUUGUGUCUCAGAUGAAAUGCACACAACUUUUGUAGUUGUUGAUUUGCGCCAUGAUAAGGCUGUUACUUUGGACACUACUGCUGAUUUUAGGCAGGGACAUUUCGUUUCUCUUUAGAGAAGCACUGGACAUGGUGAUAAGAGUUUGGAAGGAUGUGAUUUAGUGUCUGUACAUGGAAACUGAACAAUGCUCUAAAGUAGACCUUAGUACUUCUCAAAUGUAAAAGAGGACUGUCACCCUAUUCCACUUUAUAAAUAACCUUUGUUUUUUAAUUUCCUGAAUGACUGUACUAUAAAAUUGACGAUCAUGUUAUUACCAAUGUAAACUGAUUGAUUAUUAUAUUAUGUAUGGCACAGAAUAAAUUUCAACUGGUCAGACUGAAGCCCAAACUGACGUGCUUCAAUUUUCCAGACGUGUUGUUUUUCUGUUUUUGUAAGCACCCAUUGUAAAAGAAAAUUGCUAUACUGUAUGUAAUUAUGAUCUUGAAUAGUUAUAAUACAAAAUUGGAAGUAAACAUGUAUUUCCGAGACUAAAGAGCUAAAAGAAAUAAAAUCCAGUUGUGGUAGUAA